UGUGUCGUCACCACAGGACUUUCCUCCUCUGGGUUCUCCUUUGCAGAGUGGCGUCAGCUCCCCCAUGAGCCCCAGCACCAAUCACUUCCGGCUGCUUGCAAAUCCCUUUGCUUUCCUCCAUGUUGACACCCGGGGCAGCCCUAUGCUCGCUGCUGCUGAGGCCCCACCUCUGCCCCUGGCCUUUUCCCAACUGACAUCACCCUGUAGCUUCCAUUUUCCUGGAAUUCUCUUUUGAGGCCUCAGUCUUUAGACAAAGCACACAGUGUCCCUCAAAAAUGACAAUAAAAACCCAAACACUGUGACUCUCACGGCAGCUUCCUGGUCCCCAUAUCGAAUCAGCGGGUGGGUUUCUGUAAACAAUGGUGAGAGGCCACCUCAGAGGAUCAGGACCCUCAGGUCUGGACUCGUGGUCACCAUGAACAUUCCUCUCUGCUGACGGUAGCUGGUACCUGUCACCUACUCAGAGUGUCACAUGCCGCAAGCCAGAGGGUCUUGGCAGGUCUCAGCACCUUGACAUCACUUCCUUGCUAUCACUCAGAGCAGCAGUGACACAGUUCCCUUAUCUCAGUCGGCCAGAAGACGACUGUCAAAGGGUCAGGAGCAGUCUGAUCAAAAGGAGGUCAUCCACUGUCUGGGGCCAUUCCCACAGCUCCCGGAUGCUGGGUCUGGAGGCUGCGCCCUUCCCCGCCAGGAGCUCGGCCCAGUGGUAAGUCAUCUGCAUGUCAUCUAUGUAUUUAACCCCUCAUGGCCAUGUUGAUGCUGGGCAUGGUUUCACUUUUGCAAACAUUUGUUUAUACCCUUCAAGAGAAAAACAUCUCAGCUGUUACAGGAAGCUGCUUUGGGGGGUGAGCAAACUUCUUAAACAUGCAGAAAUUAUGAUCUACACCCGUUUCUUAAAAGCAAGCCAUGGUACUUGGUUCUCUUUAAUGAUAUAUUUUCUUUCAUAUUGUGUUCAUGUAGGCAAGUCCUGUUUCUGCUGAAAGAAGGGCAGCCUGAAUAUGGCCAAUUACACGCUGGCACCAGAGGAUGAAUAUGAUGUCCUCAUAGAAGGUGAACUGGAGAGCGACGAGGCAGAGCAAUGUGACAAGUAUGAUACCUGGGCGCCCUCAGCCCAGCUGGUGCCGUCGCUCUGCUCUGCUGUGUUCGUGGUCGGUGUCCUGGACAAUCUCCUGGUUGUGCUUAUCCUGGUAAAAUAUAAAGGACUCAAACGCGUGGAAAAUAUCUAUCUUCUAAACUUGGCAGUUUCUAACUUGUGUUUCUUGCUUACCCUGCCCUUCUGGGCUCACGCUGGUGGCGAUCCCAUGUGUAAAAUUCUCAUUGGACUGUACUUUGUGGGCCUGUACAGUGAGACAUUUUUCAAUUGCCUUCUGACCGUGCAAAGGUACCUAGUGUUUUUGCACAAGGGAAACUUUUUCUCAGUCAGGAGGAGGGUGCCCUGUGGCAUCGUCACAAGUGCCGUGGCGUGGGUAACAGCCAUUCUGGCCACUGUGCCCGAAUUUGCGGUUUAUAAACCUCAGAUGGAAGACCCGAAAUACAAGUGUGCAUUUAGCAGAACUCCCUUCCUGCCAGCUGAUGAGACAUUCUGGAAGCAUUUUCUGACUUUAAAAAUGAAUGUUUCGGUUCUUGUCUUUCCCCUAUUUAUUUUUACAUUUCUUUAUGUGCAAAUGAGAAAAACACUAAGGUUCGGGGAGCAGAGGUAUAGCCUUUUCAAGCUUGUUUUUGCCAUAAUGGUAGUCUUCCUUCUGAUGUGGGCGCCCUACAAUAUCGCACUUUUCCUGUCCACUUUCAAAGAACAUUUCUCCCUGAGUGACUGCAAGAGCAACUACAACCUGGACAAAAGUGUUCUCAUCACUAAACUCAUCGCCACCACCCACUGCUGCGUCAACCCUCUCCUGUAUGUCUUUCUUGAUGGGACAUUUAGGAAAUACCUCUGCCGUUUUUUCCAUCGGCGUAGUAACACCCCACGUCAACCCAGGCGGCGGUUUGCACAAGGCACAUCGAGGGAAGAACCUGACCGUUCCACCGAAGUGUAAACUAGCAUCCACCAAAGGCAAGACGACUAAACAUGGAUUUUCAUCUUUUUGCAUUAUUUCACUUAAAUUUUUUACACACUUGUUUACAAAAUCGGAUACAGGAAGAAAAGGGAAAGGUGAGCUAACAUUUGCUAAGCAUUGAAUUUGUCUCAGGCACCGUGCAAGGCCCUUUACAAACGUGAGCUCCUUCGCCGCCAACCACUUGUCCGUAGUGUGGAUGGGACUAGUCUCAUUUCUCUGAGAAGAAAACUGAGGCUCGGAAGUUUGUCUAAGAUCACACAAGUAGGAAGUGGCAGAACUGAUUCUCCAGCCCUGGUAGCAUUUGCUCAGAGCCUACGCUUAGUCCAGAACGUUGAACUCCAAACCCUGGGGACAAACUGCAUGAAAUAAAUGUAUUUUAAAACAUCUAUUUAA